UUGUGAAAACUAUUUAAUCCUUGUUUUAUUGGAGGGAGGUAAUAUAAUAUGAUAAUAUUAAUUUCUUAUUAAUCCAGGUAUAAAAUUGUUAAAAUGUUUGCAUGAAAAUAUGAAAAUAAUUAUGUCUAGUGCAACCAGGCAAAUCCUUUAGUAUGGACGGGUCGGAUGAAAUCAUCUCUCCGUACAGGACCGGAGUCUAGAGAGGGUUGGUGGAGGAAGGAGUAGCGCGGACUGAUCCGCCGGAUUGGGUGCAGUCAGGUUUCCAUCUUUUGGAUGCAGGGUUUAGUUUACUCCAUGAACAGAGUUUGUUUGAGCCUAGAGAACUAAUAUUUAACUCAAUACUCCUAGCUGUACCCUGAGCAGCAAUCCUUAUUAAUCUAAACCUGUGUAUCAGAGACAAUUGUCUGAAAAAAGUAAAGUGAAACUAAACAUAGGACCACGCCUAGACAGACUUUCUCAACUUGACAAAUAUAAAAUAUAUUACUCACGAAUAUUUACUCACAGAGUUGAACUCAUUCACAAACAUGGAUCUUCUUCGAGAUUUGUGUUGUAGUGGGUUCGCUAGGAAAGCUGCAGAAGACCUGGCAGAACAAUAUGGAGGGGAGAAGGGAAAAGAUUUUGUUGAGGGAGCGUUCUCUCAAACCUCUGCUACUGGAAACCAGUCCGAGCUCACUAGCUUUCUGGUCAACUCUUUUACAGGAAAGCAGCAGAUGAGCCUGGAAGGAAUAAUGGGAAUGGUUCAAGGUAGCGGAGGAGAACAGCUCCGAUCCCAUGCAGAGCAGAAGGGGUUGGAUCCAGCUCUCCUCAAUGGUGUGAUGAACCUACUAAAAGGAGGAGGAGGGGAUACCGGAGACGGAGCUUCAGGAGGAGGAGGAGGGUUUGAUCUCUCCAAGCUAAUGAAAAUAGUUGCUCAUCUUACCAAGGGUGGGAUGAACGGUGGAGGAGGAGCAGAUGGAUUCCUGGACCUGAUCGGAGGGAUGGGUGGAGGGGAUGGGAAAACUGGAGAGUCUAGUAUGGGAAACCUUCUCCAGAUACUUCAGGGUCUAGCUAAAUCCUACUUCAACGUCAAGGGUGGUUCAUCUAGUGCUAUCCAGAGCUGGGAUGCAGCAGGAGCUGGGAAUAAUAAAAGUGAUAAGAAUUUUCUCAGUUGGGCGCUCAGUGUGAUAAUGGAUCUGAUAUUUCCUGGAAAGAAACCAAAAGAAUUGAUCGAGGAUAGGCAGGAUGAUGAUAUUGAUACUGGAAAAAAGAAGAAAGACGAUGAUGUCAAGGGUUGGUUUGACGGUCACCCUGAGAUCGGAAAGAUGCAGAAGGAUAUAUUUGAUGAUAUCUUCGAUACAACGGAUGAUGAUAAUAACGAUGAUGAUGAUCCAGCUCCGCUCAUCCCAACCCCUACAGAUUUCCAGGACAAUUGCAGUUGUCUAGAUAAUGCAUCUAUUCUUUUUAUUAACACAAACCUCCUUCUAGAGUACAGGAAAAACUGGAGGUUCCUGUACUCCAGCAAUACCCAUGAUCAGAGUAUUGAUGAGUUGAUGUCUAAGAUCUGCUACAAGGGUCCAACCAUCCUAGUGGUUCAGGACGGAUCAGGACGGAAGUUUGGAGCUCAUGCGUCCUCGUCCUGGUGUGAUACUGAGGGAGGUUGGGUUGGAAACGGGGAGAGUUUCCUGUUCUCCCUUGAACCUAAGAUGGCUGUUUUCCAUUCUACCGGCAAGGAUGAGAACUAUCAACUCCUAACUCAAGAACUUCUAGCCAUGGGUGGCUCUAAAGGACUAUAUGGAUUAGAGAUGAACAAUGAUCUAUCUGGUGGAACCUCGUCUGGAGAUAUUGAAACCUUCCAUACUAUUCAGCUCUCAGAGGACCCAUCUUUUAGUAUUCAGCAUAUUGAGGUUUGGGGACUUGGUCCUGAACCAAAUCCUGAACAGGAGAAACAAAACUCUCGACCAAGGCAACCCAACCUGCAUACAAGGGGAGGUAACGUGGAUAUGCUGGACUUGGAAUCUCAGAUUAUGUAAAACUGGACUUUAAUCAUUUACUUGAUGUACUCAUGUACUUGCUGGACUUAAUUACUUGUACUCAUGUACUUGUUGGACUUAUCAACUUGUUUUACUCAUGUACUUGUUGUACUCAUUUACUUGAUGUACUCAUGUAAUUGUUGUACUCAUGUACUUAUUGUACUCAUUUACUUAUUGUACUCAUUUACUUGAUGUACUCAUUUACUUGAUGUACUAUGUACUUGAUGUACUUGUUUACUUGUUGUACUCCUGUACUUGUUGUACUUAUGUAUUUGUUCUACUCAAGUAUAUUGUGUACUCCUGUAAUUUUUGUACUCAAGUACAUGUUGUAAUCAAAUACUUGUGUUUUACUUAAGAACUUAUUGUAAUCAUGUACUUGAUGUAUUCGUGUACUUUACACAACCUCGUACAAAACUCAAAAUCAUUAAAAACACAAACUUGUUCGCCAAAUCUUGAAAAUCCUAAAAUAUUUGAGACAAUGAAAGAAUAAUAAGAAAGCUAAAGCAAUUUUCCGUUAUGAUUAAAACGUUUAAAAUACAGUACAUUACUUAAAUGCGUUUAGGGGUUUUUAUACAGAAAAAAAACACACUUAAACUUUAACAUUUUUAAGAUCAAAGGCUUUUCUAAAAUAUGAGCAAAUGACCAGAAAUUGUCCUUUUUAUUUGACAAAAACACAAAUAAAGGACAGACUUGUCCUAAUUCAAAAGGACGGACUUGUCCUAAUUCAAAAGGACAGACUUGUCCUAAUUCAACUGCCUUAAUUCUAGCUGUAACAGUUCAUCGUCCCGCUUCAGAUAUAUUUUCUUAUAUAUGUAUAAUCAAUAAAUGGUUCCAUACGCUUUAAAACUAUUUUUCUUGCUAUUAUGUAUUAAACAGUUCUUUCUAUACCUGCCCCCUCUUGAGAAAUAAAUUAUCUGAAUUUAACCCCCUCCCCGUCCUCACCCCCUUAAUGAAAACUCCUUUUUAAACUGUUCUCUGUAUUGCCUCUGUUAAUUCUAAAUUUAAAAUGGUAUAUUUACAAAUUUUACAAUAAAUACUAUUUUUUAAUAA